GACAGAGGAGAAUAAGAAAGAAGAAACUGUCAGAUGGAGGCAGCUCCGUUCUCAGCACCUCCGUCUCUCUUUCUCUCAGGUUUUCAGUGGCCUCUCUGCCUCGCUCGCCCCUCUCUGUGCUGCUGCUCCUUUGCCCAUGGUGCUUUCUGAUUCCUGAGGAGAGAGAGGUUUGAUGUGAUGGACCUGCUGCCCACCGACUGCUGCUGCUGUUUGCACCGCAGCAUCAUGGGAGCUGUAGUUUGCGCAGCAGCACAGGAGGACAGCUGAUUAGCCGGGGACUGUGGGUGAUCAGAGUGUGGAGCUGGUGGGCGGACGAGGCUCGACAAACUCGCACUUUCUAUUCUCUCGCUCUCUUUCUCUCACUCUUUUAACCCUCUUUCUCCCUGUUCCUCCCUCCACUCAGCAGUUCUGUCAUCGCUCCAUCUAUCUUUCCCUCCUCUUCCUCCCCUCUUUUCCUUCAUUCUUUUCCUCUCACUCUCAAUAUUUCACCCUCUUCUUCCUCCCUGUUCCUCUCCUCUCGCUCCUCCUGACUGGGCCGACGAAGAGUCAGAAUGGGCUGCUGUCUCACUCGGACCAAGGUCAAGACCCAUGACCCUUCUCAGCACCACCACCGGGACGAGCUGCACUUUGUGGACGAGUACGGCCAGCCAAUCGCUGUGCAGGUGGAAGGGAGAGGGGGACGUGGUCACAGGAGGCGGCAGUCGCAUUGUGUAAUUGAGUGCAAUGCCCCGACAGAAAGACACUGGGAGACCCUGAGAGCCAUGGGACUGAUGGAGGGAGAGGAAGGCCGGGGAGAUGGCUACAGUGCAGGGCCUUACUAUGGUCACCUGACUGUGUCACCUGACCCAUACCCCACAAACCGUGGCAUGAUGAUGUCAGCUGAUGUCUAUCCAGCCAGUAGCUACCUGGCCAGACCAUCACAUGACCAGCACCUGGGUCCCAGCUACCUGCCCAGCGUGUCCUACAGCCUGGACCACCUGGACAGGCUGGACUACCAGAGUCCAGAAAUGUUGCCCUACCAGCCCAACUCAGAGAGCUGUCUGAUUGGCUGCUACGCUACAAAAGAGACAGAGCCUAAGAAUUUCCCCAGACAGACCGACUAUCGUCCUCCUUGGCGGUUGGACCGACCGUUUGGUUACCUUCCCCUCAGUGAGCUCGACAGCGGACUGGGAUGUGGCCCUGAUAGUCCUCACCACCAGGUGGCACUCUCUGAAGCCGAGACAGACGCCAUGUCUUCGCUGCCAGGCCACACCCCUUCCUCCCAAGGCUCCUCCUCUUCCUCUGAGUCCCUGAUCUCCUCUGAACCCAGUGACUCUGGCUUCCACAGUGUCAGCACCGGCGACCACAGACGACUGCACAAAAUUCAAGGAAGCCACCGGCAAGCUCACCAUCUUCGCUCAGGCCACUCUCCUCGAGAGCAGAGAGGACGGUGGGAUUUAGAGUCCAUCCCAGAGACAACUCCCAUUCGCCACCCCGGAGCGCCACAGGCUUCCCGCUGCACUGUGGGUAACAGCACGACCACAACAGUUCAUUUUCACAGAGCAGAGAGAAGUCCCACCUUACCCCGCCAUCAGUCGCCACCCUCCCCUUCGACUGGUUGUCGCACUGAGCCCUGUCAGCGGAGGGCGCUAUGGCUGGAGCAGCAGCACGGAGGAGGGGGGUUGAUAGUGGCUCCAGGACGGAGUCGAACAAUCACAGAUCUGAGCGAAGGCCAGCACCGCCGUAGGGCCAGCCAUCCCAACAUGAGCGAUCAAAACAUUCUGAAACACAAACCCCAGAACAGCCAUCCAGGAACUGCCAGCAACCCACUGGGGCCAAGGAGCAGGGCCAGUUAUCCCAGCAACAGUCACCCCACCAGCCAGCUCAGCUUAGACAGAACCAGUCUGACCAGUCAUCAGAGCACAAUGAGAAACAGCCAGGGCACAAACUGGAGCAGAGAGGAGGACUCCCUGUCCAAGAGUCCUGGAGCUGGCUCCAGUGGUGUGUCGGACUGGCUUGGCUUUCAGACUCUUGGGGAUCGCACUGGAAACAUUAAGAGUCCCUCUGUUCCUUUCUACAGCACACUGGGAGCCCCGCAACCUAGCCCUCGCUCUCCACCCUCUCCACGCUCCAGACUGUCCAAUCAGAAGUCAGUCCGGAACCAGCUGCUCAGAGCCCGAGCUUACCGAUUGGCCAGGGAGCGCAGCGAAGUCACGACAGAUGAGGAGGUGCGAGGAGAGGGGGAGAGGGCAGGGGACAAUGAAGGGGAGGAUGGCCGAUGGGCGGGGCGAUACUGGAGCCGAACAGAAAGGAGACGUCACCUGGCGCUGUCACGGCAACACAGAGAACGAAGAGGGGGAGGGGAGGAGCCAGUCGGGGGAGGUCAGGGGUCUCUGUCGUCUCAGAUGGUGCUGGAGCUGAGCCACAUGAAACAAAAUCGACUGAGGAACAGCAAGCUGCUGGACGACUGGACGACGGUGGAGGAGCUGCUGACUCAUGGGACACGAGUGGAGAGCGACAGUCAGCUCUGUCCCAGCCCUCUGUUGUCGGUCACUACCGUCUGAAGGGAAAACCUCCGACACACAAUCCUACUAUACUGUCAGUUACUGCUGAAUGAACGUCCAGUCUGCCACUCAGGCCCAGACUCAUAAAAGGUUGUUUGUGUGGUGAAAAGUUCAGUACUAAAAUGAGUUCUUGGCAUCGUGCAUGGAAAGUGUGCUGACACCAUUUAUGACCAUGCAUCAGAUGCACAGUGGAAAUUACGUGAGCCAAACUACCUGCAUCAUAGUUGCGCCCAGCGCAACCAGUUUAACUCCCAGUCAUUACCACAGGAAAUCAGGAAUCCUUUGAAGAGCAAAAUCAAGUCAAAAAUCCAAACAGCGGCUGCCAUUGUUAAAAGAAACAUUGAGGCGACAGGGAGGAUGUUCUGAAGUUCACCACUCACAGCAGGGUGGUUCUACUGCUAUAGCGGCUAGCCUCAUAGUCUCACACUGACUUUUGACAUCAUCUUCUUUCAGCCCUCCAAUCGCUUCAGCCGGAGACCAUUAACCAGACAUUAGUGAAUUAGCUCACAAGCUCUCUCAUAAGUUCCUUGCCACGUUAGCUUGCAGUACAUGUUGUCAUUAGGAGCAGCUGGGUCGGAGCAACACUCCUGUUGGCCUCCAACUAAUUAUGACUGAGAUAUAGGGAAUUUUACAGCAUCUGUUUCCCACUUGAUGAAACGACUUAGAGAAGAAAUAGAGAGAGAGAAAUCUGUAGAAGGGCUUCAAAUGUACAGCUGCUGGCAGCUACUUCUAUAGAAACAAAAGUACAAUCCACUCGGCUCACAUAAUAGAUACUAAGUACUGUGUUCUGUCUGGUUUCACUGGGUAACAAACCGUUACAAAUAUAUAACACAACAAAAGUAGAUCAUUUAACCAUUUUGGAAUAAGGCAUAAGCUCUCUGGGGUCACCAUCAGGGGUGCUUGAUUUCUAUUGGGCUGAUACUUCAUGAAUACAGUAUAAGCUCCCUGGCUGAUUAGCUUACUGCUAGUGGGAUAGCUCUUUGCUAGCUAACUCUCAGAGGCUAGUUAGCUCAUUGGCUAUCUGAAUGAUUUUAUUUAAUCAGGCUCACUGAGUGUUGAGAACAACAGUUAGAGUCAGACAACCGAACAUUCAGCCUUCAACGCUGCCAAUGGUGUUAUAUGGACAGGAGGGUGAGACCCACUGGACUCAACCACACGGUACAUAUGCACCUGAAGAAAAAAAAGCUAAAAGAGUAAAAAUUGCACAAAGCUGCAGGUUUGGUGCUGAUUCUCAGUGGGUUUAGCAGCACUGUCCCUUUCACACUGAUCCAUACUGUCAUAAAUCAGUGCUUCUCAUCAGUGGCUGAUGAGAAAAUUUACAUCACACAGACCAAGGGAACGCACAUACUCAGAAAAUAAAAUCUGAGCUUUAAUGAAACUUCUCUUGCAAAAACACAAUAAAAUUAAAUUUGCCUCCCACUGCAUUUCCAGUGAAUCUGGAUGUCAGUCACGUUAUUUACUGUAUGAUUGGAAUUUCUGCGCCUGGAACAAUGGGAGACCUGGUAAUCGGUUAGAUGUGUCCAAAGAAAACAUUGGGAAGAAAAUUAACAUCACGUUUCCCCUGCAAGUCUGAAGUGAACAGAACUGGUGGCACUUCUACCAAGGCUGGAGAAACUGAUUCAGUCUGAACUGUGUUAAAACCAGCACCAGUGUCCUAUAAGAACCUACGGGUUUGUAAAAAGUCACUGAAGAGCUGCCCGGGCUUCAAACUGUGCAGUGUUAACAGACUCACUGGACGGACUGGAUUCUUCACACACCAGACUGUCUGUGCCUGCUACAAAAUAUCACGUCAUCAGCUGUGUCGCCUUGUGGAAAAGUGUCCCCAUCUCCGUCUCUUGUUUACUGUCUCUGUGCCAUAAAAUCGUAAAGUUGACUCUGCUCACUUUGGGCUCGCUGCACCUUUAAGUUCAAACAGCCUCUAAAUCGCUAUUUUACCACAUUUGUUUUUAGCCUCCACUUUCUCCUGGGUGGUUUACCAUUUUAAUCUCCAUGAGACAAACUUGUGGUGCAAAUAGAUGAGACGCUGUAGAGAGGUUCCCAUGCAGCACUGUUUACAGUGGGUUUCUAGUAUCCUGCUGCGUUUAGUGGUUACAGCUGUUUGAAAAUGAAGUUUGGCCUGUUGUGCAAUAUUUCAUACAUUAUAAUUUACUAAACAUGAUCUUUUAAGGAAGAGUUUGACAGUUUUGGAAAAUAUCCUUAUGACUUUUCUCAGUGAGAGACACUAUCGAGUCUGUAGAUUAAAUACGAAGCCACAGCCGAGAGACAGUUUAGCAGAGUUUUCUAGCUUGGCUAAACCAGCUAGAAAUUCUCUGGAACAUAACGCCCAGUAAAGCUACAACUUGUUGUUUUUACACUUCAGUUUUUGCCUGGAAUAAACAAACAAUGUGCUAAUUACUGAGCUUUAAAAGAAGCCUCUCCUCCUCCUGACUGUGGCCAAGUAGUGUGUGACAUAGCAGGCAAAACAUGGGGGAGACUGACUGACCACCACCCGGUGUGGCUCGGGGAGAAGACGCUGGUAGUCAGACUCUCUUUGCUGGAAAGACUGGGAGUCUGCUGGCACUUGGACAGUCAUUAGAAAUGAUUUGUACCCUCCAGGUUUGCUUCCACGUUGUCUGGCCCACUGCUUGUGCACAUCAGUGAUACUGGUGGAUUUCAUUUAUCUUUGGACAGAGCUAGGCAAACUUUCUCCCCCUUUCCAGUCUUUAUGAUAAGCUAAACUAACCAGCUGCUGGCCACAGGCUCACAUUUAACUGACAGAUAUGAACGUGCUUAAUCAUCUCAUCGAGCUCUGUCUAACCAAAUCAAAUAAUGCUUUCCACACAAGUAUUCCUUUAUGUUUUUGAUCCUGACAUUUGUGAAAAUCCGAAGUGGUAACACACACAGAACACAACCUAGACCUGCUGCAUAUCAUGACGUUCAGUGUGUAGUUACAAAACAAGGCUUUUGUCCAGCCUGUCAGGGUUUCAGUGAUGAAACUGGGGUUGUUAUUCUUUUUCAAAAUCUGCAGUGGGUCUCACUGGGGCUACACUGGUGUCUGUUCUGUGUCACAGGGGCUGCUAAACUCAGCAUAUGAUUACAGGCACCACUGAAAGAAGUGGUCAGAUUAAUGUGAUGUGUCAUAUAAUUAAACUGUUCAAUGCAAUUUUGUUAAAUAUAAGAACGUCCAUUUAGUCUUAAGAUUCUGAAGAUGGGUUUCAGGUCAUUGGACUUGUCAAAAUAUCUGAGGAUUUCUUUUUCUAAAUCGUGUGUGAGUGUGUUAACGGCCAUGCAAGAAGCAGAAUAUGUUAGUUUGAUACUAACUCAGUGGGAGUGUUUAGCCAAAGACAUUAACUUUGGUUUGUGGACAAUCUACAAAUACGGGCUGUAAGAUGUAAAAAUAUAUUUUAUAAUCAUAUUAGUUCUUAUAUAUUUGAUCCCUUGGCCUUGAAUAGAUGAAUAAUUCUGCCUUUCCCAGCACCCUGCCAUGCCCGUGUACAUACUUUAGUAUGUGCACAGUAAACUAGCCUUAUUAUUAGUCCAAACCUAGCUGCCCCAUCAUGACUAGCACAGAACAUGUUCCAGGGUUUGCCCAAAGAAGAAUGAACACUGAUGUCAAUAUACAGUCACUGUGUACAUUUGUCCACAAAGUGGACUUUUAACAAUUUCAAGUUUAGUAACUGAAUUUGAAUGACAAAAGGUUGCAUUAGUAAUGUACUAUUGUAACGCAGCUCGUUUUAGCUGUGGCCAAAUGAAGUCGUUCUCUGGAUGGAGAAAUCUCCAGAUUCCUCCAAAACUUCUUCAGACUUUUCCAAUUCAUCAAAUCAAAUCAAAUCAAAUUUUAUUUGUAUAGUGCCAAAUCACAACAAAAGUCA